UAUUGUGCGGCCUAUGCAUCCGUCGGACGAUCGCAGCGGCCCAUUCAUCGACGAUCUUAAGGGCUCUUAUCGCCUUCGCCGCUUGCGUGCUCGUUGAUUCAGGUCGCGCAUCGUACACGUUACAGUCCUUGUCUAUCCUUACCUCUCCCCGUCACUUACUCAGCGCGACGACCCCUGCUUCGCUUAUAGAACCCAGACGACCAGCAAACUACAGCGACGACACCCCGCACUCACGCACCAAUCAAUAACUCACCAACAACUGAGCAGACGACGACCCGAUGUCCUCCUUCCACUUCCCCGAGAAGACGCAACCUCCCCAGGUUACCGCGCUCAACCUCCCGCCCAACACGUCCUGCGUGCUGCUCAAGAAGCAGUCGAUCUCCGUCGAGCCCAAGCCGCUGCCGAUCCUUCAGCCCGAUGGCGUUUUAGUGAAGGUGAUGGCGACAGGCAUCUGCGGCUCCGACCUGCACAACUACUUAGCGGGGGGCGUUGGCGGGCGGCCGGUAACCGAGCCCUUGGUGAUGGGCCAUGAGAGCGCGGGGGAGGUUAUUGCGGUCGGGGAUCGGGUUACGACACAUAAGGUGGGGGAUAGGGUCGCGGUCGAACCCGGUCUACCAUGCCGUCGCUGCAUUAACUGCAAGAAUGGGCGGAUGAAUAUCUGUACUGACCAGCACUACUGCGGUGCUCCGGGUUCUGUCGGUUCGCUAUCCAGGUACUUCGCCCUUCCCGCGGACAUGGCGCCGCACAUACCAGCGCACGUAUCGUGGGAUGAGGCGGGAUGUAUACAGCCGCUGGCGAUUGGCGUGCAGAUAGGGAAACGGGUCGACCUGCGAGCGCAUCAGACGGUGGCUAUCUUUGGUUGCGGACCCAUCGGGCUCAUCGCUGGGGCGGUCGCGCACGCUUACAGUGCGCGUCGAAUCAUCGCCUGCGACAUCAACCCCUCGCGUGUCGAGUUCGCGCGCAAGUACAUCUCGCCACUCACUGGGAAGCCCAUCUUCGACCACGUCUUCGUGAACACGAAGCUAUCCGACAAGCCUGUCAAGCAGGGCGCGCCGCCCCACCCGCAGGGCUCGGACCCUACACCGGCCGGCGUGGCGGAUGGUGAGGUCGGAGAGGUGGAGGACCACGAGCAGACGCUGGGUGAUAUCAAGUGGACGCAUGCGCAGGCUAGAGCGGCAGAGGUUUUGGAGCAGGCGGGAUUAGCUGGUGAAGGAGGCGUGGACCGUGUCAUUGAGGCGAGCGGAGCAGAGGAUUGCGGGCUUAUUGGCGUGGCGAUUGCGAAGCAGGGCGCAACUUACAUCGCAGUCGGGUUGGGCCAUGUUGAGACGAGCAUCUUCCCCAUGAUCGCGGUAACAGCCAAGGAGCUGGACGUGAAGGGCAUUACACGGUACACUGCGUCCUGCUUCCCAAAUGCCAUCGACAUGCUCGCCCGCGGUGUCGUGGACGUGAAGCCGUUGAUCACGAAGAAAUACACGCUGGGGGAGAGUCGCGACGCGUUCGAGGCAGUUCGGAGCGGGAGGGAAAUCAAGGUCAUCAUCAGAAACCAGGAGUAGACAGUAGGAAAAAGUGUAGUAUAGCAAGCAAGCCCUUGAGACGGGUCGAGAGAGAAACCGCGAGGAUCAUGGGA